AUGAACUCUUCCAUCUCUGCGGAAGAAGACUGGACCCUCUUGGACGAUCCCAACGAACGGAGGAAGAUACAAAACCGGAUCGCGCAGCGCAAGUUUCGGGACAAGAUCCGACAACAGAAGGAAGAUACCGCGCGACAAGCCAACAACGAAAGACUUGCUGCUGGAAUGUACAUGGCACCCUGCCCAGAGGAUGUCGAGACUACCGAGGAGACUGGACUACCGUGGGGCAGCUUCUCGAUGAAGCAUGUGAUCCGUACCGGACAUUUGCGGGAGCAGAGCUCACGGGAGACUUCGCUCCGUACGGCAGCGUCGGACAAGGGAGUCACUUCGAGACUCGGCCUGCAACUCGUCGAUCACUUUGCGAAAGGAGCGCCCGCAUGGGCUGCCUGGCGUGACAGAGCUGCGGCGUGA